UAUUUUAAGUUAAAAUUGACUAGUAGUCUAGUAUUGAACUAUUGAUUAAGAGAAUCUUCCAACUUGAUUACUUCCUAUUUACUUACGUUUCCGUAUGACUCUUAACGCUCCAUCAUUUUAGUUCCAGAAAAUAACACUAAAACAAGACCAUCUUCAGUUUUCUAGACCUCUGACACAUUUUCUUUCCUUGUGAAAGAAAAGAAACUCAGCAAGAGCGAGAGAGAGAGAGAGAGAGACAGAGAUGGAGAAGAAGAGAGGGCAUGUGCUAGCAGUGCCUUUCCCAAGCCAGGGACACAUCACACCGAUGCGCCAAUUCUGCAAAAGACUUCACUCCAAAGGUUUCAAAGCCACUCACACUCUAACCGCUUUCAUCUUCAACACGGUCCACCUCGACCCAUCUAGCCCCAUCUCCGUUGCCAAAAUCUCCGACGGCUACGACCAGGGAGGCUUCUCAUCAGCCGGAUCAGUCCCCGAAUACCUCCAGAACUUCAAAACCUUUGGCUCCAAAACCGUCGCUGACGUCAUCCGCAAGCAUCAGGCUAGCGACGACCCCAUCACUUGUAUCGUCUACGAUUCUUUCAUGCCUUGGGCGCUCGACCUCGCGAGGGAGUUUGGUUUAUACGCGGCGCCUUUCUUCACGCAGUCUUGUGGUGUUAACUAUGUGAACUAUCUUUUUUACGUGAACCGUGGAAGCUUGAAUCUUCCCAUAAAGGAUUUGAGUUUUCUUGAGCCUCAAGACUUGCCUACUUUCGUCACCCCUACUGGGUCCCACCUUGCUUACUUUGAGAUGGUGCUUCAGCAGUUCACCAACUUCAAAGAGGCUGAUUUCGUACUCGUUAAUUCCUACAAGGAGCUCGAUGUUCAUGAGGAAGAGUUGUUGUCAAAAGUUUGUCCUAUAUUGACAAUAGGACCGACUGUUCCAUCAAUGUACUUAGACCAACAAAUCAAAUUAGACAACGAUAAUGAUUUGAACCUCUUUGACUCCAAAGAGGCUGCCUUAUGCACUGCUUGGCUCAACACAAGGCCAGAAAGGUCAGUGGUGUAUAUAGCGUUCGGGAGCAUGGCUCAGCUGAGCAGCGUGCAGAUGGAAGAGCUUGCUUCGGCCGUAAGAAGCUUCAGCUACCUGUGGGUGGUCAGAGCUUCAGAGGAGUCAAAGCUCCCAUCAGGGUUUCUUGAAUCAGUGGAUAAAGAUAAGUGUUUGGUUUUGAGGUGGAGUCCUCAACUUGAAGUUCUGUCAAACAAAGCAGUCGGUUGCUUCAUGACCCACUGUGGCUGGAACUCGACCAUGGAAGGAUUGACUCUAGGGGUUCCCAUGGUGGCUAUGCCUCAGUGGACCGAUCAACCGAUGAAUGCAAAGUACAUACAAGAUGUGUGGAAGGUUGGGGUUCGUGUGAAGGCGGAGAAAGAGACUGGGGUUGCAAUGAGAGAGGAGAUUGAGUUUAGCAUUAAGGAAGUGAUGGAAGGAGAGAAGAGCAAAGAGAUGAAGAAGAAUGCAAUGAAAUGGAGAGACUUGGCUGUCAAGUCACUCAGUGAAGGAGGCUCUACAGAUAUCAAUAUUAACAUAUUUGCAUCAAAGAUUCAAACCAAAUAAGUAACUUACAUGAUGAGGUAGCAAAGUUCUCUGCUUCUAAUUCCUAUGUGGAUCUAUCUGUUUUCCUCAUUCAGAAUAAUUUUCUAAGUUGAUUCUUCUUUAGUGUUACAAAAAAAAAAUUGAUUUUUCUUUAGUUUGUAUUUUCAUCAUGUGUUUACUUCUCAACCUCCUCAAUAAAAUCACACAAGGAAAAUAUUGCAAUA